UCCCUCCCUUUCCCCCCCCUCCCCCGACUUUCACCCACCAUAGCCCGAGCCAGCCUAGGCCGGAGCGGUGACUGGAGGACCCAGGGGGAGCUCCCGCCGCCGCCGCCGCCACCAGUAGCACUACCACCACCACCUUCCCUGAGGGAGCCUGCGGGGGUCGGCUUCGCCGCGGCCUACAGCUCAGCUGCCGCCAUGCAGAUCACCCUGAAGACGCUGCAGCAGCAAACCUUCAAGAUAGACAUCGACCCUGAGGAGACGGUGAAAGCGUUGAAAGAGAAGAUUGAAUCAGAAAAGGGGAAAGAUGCUUUUCCAGUAGCAGGCCAAAAACUAAUAUAUGCAGGUAAAAUUCUUAAUGAUGAUACUGCUCUUAAAGAAUACAAAAUCGAUGAAAAGAACUUUGUGGUGGUUAUGGUGACAAAACCCAAAGCAGCUGCUGCUCCAGCUCCAUCCCCAACUACAACCCAGCAGUCAAAUGAUACCACCACUACUGUUAGUUCUUCUACGAUAGCUGCUGCAGCCCCCAAACCUACACCUGUUCCAGCUUCUGCCCCUGCACCAGUUCCAGCACCUGCACCAGCUGCCCCGACACCAGCUGCAGUGGCUUGUGAACCUGUGCCUGUAAGUGCUCCUGUAGAAGAGAAACCAGCAGAUAAACCAGUAGAGACACCAGCUGCCACUAGCCCAACAUCUACAGACAGUACCACAGGUGAUACUUUGCGAUCCAAUCUCUUUGAGGAUGCUACAAGUGCACUUGUAACAGGUCAGUCCUAUGAAAACAUGGUGACUGAGAUCAUGUCGAUGGGCUAUGAGAGAGAGCAAGUAAUUGCUGCACUGAGAGCCAGCUUCAACAAUCCUGAUAGAGCAGUGGAGUAUCUUCUGAUGGGUAUCCCAGGAGACAGAGAGAGUCAAGGAAUGGCUGACCCCCCUCAAGCAGCCAGCACGGUUGCUUCUCCAUCUUCAGCAACAGCAGCAGCAGCAGCUGCAGCAGCUGCAGCAGCAGCAACUACCACAACCACAACUACUACUAGUUCUACAGGAGGACACCCACUUGAAUUUUUACGAAACCAGCCUCAGUUCCAGCAGAUGAGGCAAAUUAUUCAGCAGAAUCCAUCUCUUCUGCCUGCAUUGCUACAGCAAAUAGGGCGGGAAAAUCCUCAAUUAUUGCAGUCCUCCCAUGCACCACAGCAAAUAAGCCAACACCAAGAACAUUUUAUUCAGAUGUUAAAUGAACCUGUUCAGGAGUCUGGUCAAGGGGGCGGUGGCAGCGGUGGCGGAGGAGGAAGCGUAGCUGAAGCCGGAAGCCGUCACAUGAAUUACAUUCAAGUAACACCUCAGGAAAAAGAAGCUAUAGAAAGAUUAAAGGCACUAGGAUUUCCUGAAGGACUUGUGAUACAAGCGUAUUUUGCAUGUGAGAAGAAUGAAAACUUGGCAGCCAACUUCCUUCUACAACAGAACUUUGAUGAAGAUUGAAAGGGAGAGACUUUUAAAAUCUCACACAUCACACCAGUGCAUUACACUUACUGUUCACUGGAUUGUCUGGGAUACUUGGGCUCAUAUCCAUGAUACUUUGUGUAAGGUUGGGGGGAGGGAGAGAAAAUAUUGAAAGGACACAAGGAAAGACAAGCACAUCUGCUCUAAAUUGGCAGGUGUAGCAGAUCAAAGUGUAAAAUACUAUACAACCAAAAACCAGCUUUUUUGCAGAUACUUAGUUCCUUUCUUCUAUAAAUUGUAAGUUCAUGCCCCCUCCCCCAGGUUUUCACUCUUUUAGUGUACUAGCUCCCAAAAUUAGUGUGGUGCCCUGCUUUAUUUCUUUUUAAUUAACAUUGGUCUUGGAGAUAGCAAAGGCUACCUAGAAUCAACAGUCUGUAUUUCAUGAUAACACUGGAUAAUGGCUUCAUAAAUUUAAGGAAAAAAUAUAUUUGAAUAAACGUUAAAAUAUGCCAAAAAUGUAGGUGGUGGGGUUUUUUGCUGCUUCAGAUGUAUCUAAUUACUGCAAGAGGCCCAUUAUUUCACAUGAAGUGCUGGAUAAAAAAUUCAAAUUAAACCACUCAUUGUUUUAGAUUAUUGAUCAUUGAUUUUUGAGGUAUGUUCUUUUCCCUGCCCCCAUCCUUUCAUAAUAAAUGGAGAGGCUAUAUACACAAAGCUAAACUUAGACCUUUUUUCUUUUGGGCAAAUACUACAAGUUAACUGAAUUACUGCUUACUUCAAUGUUGGGUUACAGUAAAGUUUGGUUUUAUAAAAAAUGAACAACCAUUGCAUGUUUUGGGUUUGAUGUAUCCCUUUUUGUGAAUUGAGCACUUUUUUUAUUGCCAAUGAAGAAAAUGUAAACUCUCCAUCCUUGUGAAAGUAUUUAUGAAGAAAUCAGAUUCCAUCCUACCUAUAUUUUGUUCAAAGUGAAAUUGAUCAAUGAAUACAGCUGCAAGUAUUUCAAAACUAGGUGUCUUAAAUGCUUGUAAUCUUAUAGUUUCAAUCUCUGGGACUCUAAAGGCUAUCGUCAUUGUAUUGCUUUAAAAAGGACUGUAAUGUUCCAGUAACUUGCCUUCUCUUCUGUUUUAAAAGCAUUGUGAAAAUAUUUUGCUCUUGAAGAGAUGUUCAGAACAUGGGAAAAUAGAUGAACAAUCAAGUUAUUGGAUCCCUAAAGAUUAUGCACACACACCCUUUACUUCCUAUUAAAAGUAACAUCUAAUUGUAA